UAUAUUUUAAACAAGGUAGCUAUUAUUUGUGUAAAAUGAAGUUAUAUGCAAAACAUAUUGCACACACUCGUAUACGGCAUAACAAUCCGACUAGUGCCAAAUGAUGAAGAGCCUGUGCGAGGGAUCGGUUGUCAUCGUAUGCGUCCUCGUCGCCACAUUGUCCAGCGCUGGCGGCCAGCGAUGUAAUGGCGGCACGAACUGCAUCCCCCUGAGCGACUGCACCGGCCUGUAUACCCUGCUGCAGAAGGGCAACACGCCCGCGCUGACGCAACUCCUGCGCAGCCUGCACUGCGGCUUCCAGGAUGGGAAUAUACCGAUGAUAUGCUGUCCUCUAGAGUUCCUAAAUGGUCCGCAGACAACAGAAUCAAGUACGGCACAAACCACUGAGUUAAGGAUGCGUGAUGCCGCCAGACUGCUGCCGAACUCCCGAAUAUGCGGGAUUCAGAACAAUGAUAGAAUAGUUGGAGGCACGCAAGCUGACAUCGAUGAACAUCCCUGGAUGGCGCUCAUCAGAUACGACAAACCCGUCGGAUCGGGCUUCUACUGCGGCGGAGUUCUCAUUUCUGCCAGAUAUGUCCUCACCGCGGGGCACUGCGUCAAGGGCUCAGAUUUACCGCCAAACUGGAGGCUGUCACAAGUUCGUCUGGGUGAAUGGAAUACGUCCAGCGAAGUGGACUGUUUCCACGACGACUGCAGCGGGCCCGUACAGGACAUUCCUGUGGAAGAGAUCAUUGCGCAAGAGGGCUACCAGGCUGAUGACCCGAACCAGCACAAUGACAUCGCUCUACUGCGGCUUGCGUACAACGCGCGUUUCAAUGACUUCGUGAAGCCGAUAUGUCUGCCACUGACCAACGAGCUUAAGAACAGUUUCUUCGACGGUUACGACAUGGAAGUGGCUGGUUGGGGGAAGACAGAAACACGCACCGAGUCGGACGUGAAGUUAAAAGUUCGCGUCCCCAUAGUAAACAUAAACCGCUGCGCCAACGUGUACGAGCGAGUGUCUCGGCAGAUAGACACCACGCAGAUAUGCGCGGGCGGCGUCGCUGGGCAGGACUCCUGCAGGGGUGAUUCAGGCGGCCCUCUCAUGGGGCAAGCAGCCACCGCCAAUAACUGGAUGGUGCUAGGAGUAGUAUCGUACGGGCCCUCGCCCUGCGGCACCCAGGGCUGGCCCGGAGUCUACACCCGCGUCGGCGCCUAUGUUGACUGGAUACUCUCCAAGUUACGUCCUUAGGUAACUCAAUAUACAAUUUGUUCGACUGAGAUUUUAAAUCAAUAUUAAAGCGGAAAAGGCAUUAAUUUCGUGCAGUGUCACUUGAGAUUAAGUCAUAAGUGUUAAUGCCUUUAGACCUUAUUAUUAUCUGUGAGAUAAAAUAUAUUUCGACGUUAGCUAUACAUUGUUUUGCAUUGUAAGAGUUUAGUCACAAAUGAGUGCCAUCCAUGACAGUACAUCUUGCCACUGUAUUCUGUAGGUAUUUAAGAGUGUGUAUUGUGUCCUUACAAUAAACUGAAAAAUUCCUACUACUUGGAAUAAAUAAAACAAUGUUAUGACUAUAAUAAAAUGUGUAUUAAGUAAA